AUGGCCACUGAGAAUCAUGGUUAUGUAGGUGGUGUUGUUAUGGGUUGGAUUGAAGGUGAAGUUAGGGUGUCUUUAAUUAGUAAAGAGUUCCAAUUUACCCACACUAGGUGCAAUUUGGUAGUGGACCAGUUUGGAGCUUCACUACAGUUUACGCUAGCCCUAAUGGUGACAAUAGGAAGAUAUACUUUGGAAAGACUUGAAGAGAAUUAG